UGGGUACACAAGGAGAUAAAAAUGACAACAAGGAAAAUUGAAAAAAUCGGAAAAUUUUAAGAGAAAUUCGAUGAUUAGUACUAUAAGUAAUUAGCUGUGAAUAUAAAUAAUUGAAUUGAUUGGUGGUAGUCUAAAAUGGAAUUUUAGUUACUCCUUUAGAAACUAUCUUAAGUAGAAACUAAAAAGUGGAAAAUUAUUGUUUACAAGAGGAAAUGGAACAAAAUUUGGUCGAUCCUUUUGCAGCAGAAAAUAGCGGAACGGCCCGUUUCGUGGAAAAGCUUGUAGACAAUGGGUUAGCUGGUAGUGGUGGUGCCUGCAGUAGCAAUAGUGCCACCAUAAACGCCACACAUGAAUUUCAGACCAUGAAACCGGGUGUAGGCCAAAAGCCUGGACAGACGUCAGGAAGGAGCGAAAUACCCCACAGCGAACUAGUAAAAAUGCUUUAUUUCUUGGAGGGUGAGCUUCAGGCACGCGACGUAGUUAUCGCUGCUUUACGGAACGAACGAGUCAAACAAUAUAUAACUCAGCUUCGUACAAAGCGGGUGCAGCCGAAUGAUCCUUAUGCGGCAAUAUUUCGAGAUAAAAUUGCGCUGGCCGGCAAUAUGAUAUCGCGCGAAUCAUCAACUCAAGCGGCUCAAGCUGAAAUGGAAGUUCGGCAAAUAAUCGAGCAGCAAAUGGAGCAACAGUACCAAAUGGUUAGUAAGCAGCGGGCUACACAUUUGCGUAUGGUAAAUAUACUCACAGAAUCAUUGGAGAACAAUCAGAGAAUGCUGCAGGAACUGGAGGAAGAAAAGCGCAAGCAUGAGCAUGAUACAGCUCAGGGAGAUGAUAUCACCUAUGGCUUAGAACUAGAACGAACUAAGUUACGCCAAGAACUGGAAGAAGAACGUGCACAGUUAAAGAAAAUGGAGAAAGAAAUGAAAAAAUUACAAGAAACAUUAGACUACGAACGUAACCGUCAAAAACAGAUUGUAUUAUUGCUUAUAGCGGAACGCAAAAAGAUCCUUAUGAAGUAUAUUGAAGAGGGUAAGCGCUCGGAGGAUUUGGCACAAAUAUUAGCAGAGGAGAAACAACGCUCGGACACUAUUGCCGAGGGCCUCGAAGAAGAGAGUAAAAAGUCUUUACGUAUGGAGGAGGAAUUGGAAAAACAGUCUGCAGCUUUCGAGAAUGAGCGCAAGUCCCUGAAAUUGAACAUUGCGAAGGAGGAGGCGCGUGUGAAGGAACUGGAGCAAGAAAUAUCUAUGCUGCGGGCUGAGAACGAGGCUAUAAAAAAACAACAACAAUUGCUACAACAAAGUGUGGCGGCAGGUGUAAGCGGCCAACUUGUGGCCGGUGCUAAAGCCAGAACCCUCAGUGAUGACGCAUGUGCCACACCAAUGGUAAACAUUGCAAAAAUCGUGCAACCAACUGCAACUGUGACAAGUGUACCCGUAUCUGGCCCUACUACUGGUAUUGCGCGAGCGCCUGGGCAGACGUUGCGCAGCAGUGUAGGAACCACACUGCCUUCUACAGCAGUGGCACAGUCAGUUGCUACUGCUGUUCCACUGUCAACAGUAGCAUUAGCCAGUACGUGUAAUAUUAUCCCUGACAGCGCAACAACCGCAGCACCUAUUACGUCAAUCGCGAAUAAUCUAACAAUUGGAGCAGUAGCAGGUAGCAUCGCUAUUGUUUCUGGUGCUCCACCAUCUCCUUCGCCUGUGAAAAUGCAGCCAACAGCAACCAUACAGCGAGCACCAGGCGGUAAAUAUGCAGCUUUGGCUGCUGCUGCCGCUGCAUCCCAUUCUCUGGACCAGCCCGUGACGGUUCCACAUCCGGUACCAAUCGCAGUCCCCCCUGUUACAGUGCCACCGGCUGGAGCACGUGGUGCUCCACCACCUAUACCUCCCAAUAAACCGAUUGUACCGCCGAAGCGUGAGCCGUCACUGUCGCGGCUGAGCUCGAUUGCCGUGACUGGCGCCGGUGCAGCCAGCGUUAGUGUCGGUGCAACUACUUCAGUAGGUGGAGCUGCAAGCUCUGCCAAUGCAAAAUUAAAUUGAAUAUUCCAUAGUAACCUAUUUCCUAAAGAAAAUCCGAAUUCGAGCGGUAAAACUCCAACUUAAUACAAAAUCCACAUGUAGGUAUACAAAUUCCUCACAUAUGCAACUACACAUUCGGAACAUACAAAUCUGCAUUAGUACAGAUUCAAAUCUCUGGCGAGUUAAAUGAAAAUGAAGUAAAUGAUAUGACUAUGCUGCACAUUGCUAAACAAAUUUUGGUAUGAUACGAGGGUACACAGUAUUAAAAUAACAUAACCUUAAAAAAUAAUUUACUCCUUAACAAGCAAGAGCGGAUAAACAUGCGUGGACAACCAGGUCUUGUGCUAAUUUUUUUAAAAAUUGCCACAUGUUGCAACAUAUGUACGCCGUAUAGAUUUAUGGACUAAAUGAAAAUGCUGUUUGAAGUAUGAAAAGUGGAGAGCUGAGGAAAGCAUGUCGAUUGUACGUUGACAGAUUUUUUUCGUAGUGUUUUUUGUACGCGUGCUUGUUGGAGGGGCGCCAUAUUCAAAAAAACCAAAAUAUCGAGAAACCCUACUUGAAAAUUCUCAAUUUACCGUACUUCCCUAAGUAAAAAUAAGAACACAACUUUUUCUAAUGUGCUGUUAAUACUAAUAAUUUGUACCGCUACAAAUUUGUUUACCGAAAUGGAAAGAACUGACGGUAUUUUUUGCAUAAUUAUCCAAUUUUCUGGAUUAUGAUAUGCUUCCUGCAAAAAUUGAUAUGUGCAUGUAGUAAACCCUAAGUGAGCGUUGGCUUAGUCGAUAUGUUGUUUUUUUUUUUUUUUGUUUAAUAAAUUUCUUAAUAAGUUGAAGGUACAGAAAAAUUGCACAGAAAAAGAAAACCAUUACGCUCGCUGUCGAAUUUACUUUUUUUUUUAUUUGGAUCAAGAAACAUUUGCUUUACAAUAUUUACUCAAAGAGUAAUCUGGCAGCUAAGUUUUGGACGACUCUUCCUUUCCUUUGACUCUGCUGUUAUGUAAAACGUUAAUCUUAAACAAAAAAUGCAAUUAUGUACAUGUAAAUGCAAAAAUACUCUGACAAAGAAAAAAAUUGAAAUGUAUUCAAGGCCAUAUAUACAUACAUAGUUAUAUAAUCAUCAACAACUAAUACAUACGCGUUACUUAAAAUACAUAGCUAUCAGAAAAAGUGUAAAAUUCUAGUAUUAUAUAUAAAUAUCAUUGAAAAAAUCUCAAUUAGAUAUAUUAACCUCUCGAUUCACUGAUAAAAAGAAAAAAGAAAAGGCAGCAAAAAAUAUUUAAUGAGGCAGUGCGUCACGGCGCUAAAGUAUUAAAUAUAUUCAUACAUUUACUCAUACUUGCAAACCAGCUAAAUAUAUGUAUAGCUUUGCAUGACAAAAAAUGGAUUAUGAUAUUAAAAUAUCCUCACCUAUUGCGUGAAAAUUACAAUACAUGUAGGAGUUUAGUAGGUGGAUCGUUAAAACCUCUUUUGUUGUAUUAACCUAUAGUUUGAAUAGAAAUAUAAUGAAUGUUAUAUGUAAUAAUUUUUAUACAAAAUGUAGUUUCUCUAAGUUAUUUUAAGAUUAUUUCCGAUUCUACAGUAAUGUCUACUCGCCGAUAUAUUUAAUUUCUACAGAAAAAGCAAAGCAUAUUUUUUACAUAAAUUUAAUUCGUUUGCUACAUAUUUUUGAAAAUGGCAAAUUAAGCUGCUUUUGACUUGAACCUUCCUACGUAGAGCCCCAAAAGCAUAAUUAGAGAUGAACAUUUAUGUAAUUUUGCUGACACAAAAGGCCAAUUGAAAAAAUACAUACUUAUUAUUUUUUGUGACUAAAACAGGUGCGCAAACUGUUUGUAUUUAAGGUUUUAAUUUUAAACAAUAAAUAUAUUGAAUGAUUAUUAGUAUUCAA